CUUUCCCGCAAAUGGUAAAAGUGCAGAGCCCCUUCACCGACCUGCCCUCCCUUCCUUUCUCGGCCCGUAAUCUUGUCGUCUCGUGUCGUCUCUUCCUUUCUCUCCCAAAACCCACUCCACCUCGUCUCCCCACGCCGCCGCGGCGGAGUCGGGGGGCGCGUGGGCACGAUCCAGCCGCCGCCAUGGAGGUGUUGGGCGUCGCCGAUUCUCCGUGCCGCCCGAGGAGCGCGCGAUACGCGGAGAAGGGGUACCCCAACUACGCAGAGGAAGAGCCCGACCUCUGCGCUCCUGCCUCGCGUUGCCGUGCACGCAGCGCGCGGCACGCCGAGGACGGGCACCCCGACGGUCCCCGCAGGCACAAGAGGAACGAGGGAUCCGUCGCGGUGAAGAAUCCGGUGGCGCAAGACGGAAGGAAGAGGCGUGGUAGGCCUCCCAAGGAGUCGGCGACGGCAGUCGACAUGGUCGUUCCGUUGCUUCGGGGCGACGAGGCGGUGCCGCUGGACGGGACUAAGAGGCGCAGGACGGUCGCCGCACCCAUGGCCACGGCGAUGACGGUGGGCAAGGUUUUUCCGCUGCCCAAGGACAACGAGGAGGUGGCGCCUGUGGAUGGUGGGUCUGAUGAGCACGAAGGUGCUGAAGGUAGCGGCAAGAGCUGGAGUUUGCGUGUGAAGGAGACGCUGCGGGCGUUCAGCAGCAACUACCUCCACUUUGUGCAGGUCGCCUUGAUUACUUAAUCUUCUCGUCGAAGAGAUUUUUUCCGAUCGGAGGAGGAGCAACAAAGAGCAUAGGCUAUAAAGCAAGAACUGGACGAAGCGGCAAGGGCUCAAAAGCGUCAGAUUCUGAGUAAAUAUGGUAAAACCAAUACUUCAGCCAAGCAACAGAUCAAGAGAGGGUCAAAGAAAGGAAAUGCUAGGGGUUGCAAACGAAAGUCUAUCAAAGAUGACAAAGGCUUCCAAGCGGUCAAACGGGCAUCAAAACGCCCUGAUCUGAAAGCAUUAACAAAGAUGCAAGCAACUAAUGCCGUACUUUAUCCAGAGAAGAGGAUGGGGCAUCUUCCUAGGGUGGAUGUCGGUGAUCAGUUCUACUCACGUGCUGAGAUGGUUGCUAUAGGUCUACAUGGCCAUUGGAUGAAUGGUAUAGAUUAUAUGGGUACGAAAUACCAAGAUGAGGCAGGGUAUCAGGGUUUAAUUUUCCCACUUGCCACCUGCAUUGUAAUGUCGGGGGCAUAUGAAGAUGAUUUGGACAAUGCUGACGAAAUUAUUUACACCGGUGAAGGAGGGAACAAUCUGCUUGGCAACUGUCACCAGGGGGCUGAACAAACAUUGGUUCGUGGAAACUUGGCACUGAUGAACAGCAAGGAUAAUGGCAAUCCUAUACGGGUUGUUUGUGGCCAUAUUGAAAAGAGAAGCUACACUGGAAAAGUUUACACCUAUGAUGGACUUUACAAGGUAGUAGAUUGCUUGUCAGAGAAAGGAGUGCGGGGGCAUUUGGUGUUCAAAUUUAAAUUGAAGCGUAUUGAAGGCCAACCACCUUUGACAACUUCUCAGGUGCUGUUUACUCGUGGAGGUAUUCACAUGCCUAUUUCUAAAUUACCCAGGUUGGUUUGUCCGGACAUCUCAUGUGGGCAGGAGAACCUUCCAAUUCCUGUUACAAAUUUAGUUGAUAAUCCUCCUGUUGCCCCAUCUGGCUUUGUGUACUCGAAGUCACUACAGAUUCCAGAAGAUAUCAAGAUGCCAGCUGACAGUAUUGGCUGCAAUUGCAAAGGAGAUUGUUCUAGCUCUGCACACUGCUUAUGUGCUGAUCACAAUGGUUCUGAUCUACCUUAUGUGUCCAGACAAAGGAAAGUGAGUGCUAAGAAUCUGGAUUCUACACAUAAGAAUGUUGGAAGGUUAGUGGAGCCCAAAGCAGUUGUGUUCGAGUGUGGUCCUAACUGUAGCUGCCAAUGCAGCUGUGUAAACAGAACGUCCCAGCACGGAUUGCAGUAUCGCCUGGAGGUAUUUAAGACAGUAUCAAAAGGUUGGGGGGUAAGGACACGGGAUACCAUUCUUCCGGGAUCUCUGAUCUGUGAAUACACUGGGGUGUUGAGAAGGAAUGCGGAAGUUGAAGGAUUGCUAGAGAACAAUUACUUAUUUGAUAUAGACUGCGUUCAGACCAUUAAAGGCCUCGAUGGAAGGGAGCAAAGGCCUGGCUCGGAACUGCAUAUGGCAUCUCUUCAUGAAAAGCAUGACCCAGAGACUAAUCAAGUCCCAGAGUAUUGCAUCGAUGCUGGUUCAGUUGGCAACGUUGCAAGAUUCAUAAAUCAUAGCUGCCAACCUAACCUUUUCAUACAAUGCGUAUUGAGCUCACAUAGAGAUAUCAAGCUAGCAAAAGUUAUGCUUUUUGCAGCUGAUACCAUACCUCCUCUUCAGGAACUAUCGUAUGACUACGGAUAUCCCCUGAACAGUGUCGUUGAUAUACAUGGCACUGUUGUCAAGUUGGCUUGCCACUGUGGCGCCUCUGACUGCCGAAAGCGGUUAUAUUAGGUUCUUUAACAGUGUCAUGGUGCUUGUGAGGAAACUCUUAACGUACUCUUAAUUAUUAUGCUUCGUAGGAAGCCAUGUCGUGUGGCAUAAGGAAACUAACCAUGGUGAAACUUCUCAUUUUGUGUAGCUUGCUGCAAUAUUUAGCUGACAUUCAGCCCUUAACAUUACAAUAUACAUUUCUGGCAUUUCUGUUUUCCUAUGCAUUUUCGUA